AUGACGCUGGAACGGCGGCACGGCUCGCCAAGCACCGCAGGCAUCGGCCUCCUGCAAAACACACGCACCGGCGAUCCUUGGAUAGGUCAGCCCAAGUACACCAAAGGCAUCGUCGCCACACUCUCGAUCAUCAUUGCCAUCUACGCGCUUGCCUCCCUUCGUUCUCGCUGGCAACAAUCCCGCCGCUCCUACCUCACACGCUCCAGCGACGCCGGCACAAAAGCCUCAAAGUCGCGCCCCGGUCCUUGGGCUCGCGCUGUUGCCGCCCUGCGCGUGCUGGCGUACCGUCGCCUGCCCAGCUACCGCUUGGGUCUCAUCAACUUGCGACUACCUGUUCUCGGCGCGACGCUAGCGCUGAGUGCCUUCAUGCUCGGCUUCACCAUCUGGACGUUCGUCGUUCAGCCCUACUACCGUGUGGAUCGCAGCUUCGGCAGUCCACCGCUGGCCCUGCGCUCCGGCAUGAUGGCGCUCGGCCUCAUGCCGUUCAUCUACGUGCUGGGCUCCAAGGUCAACUUCAUCUCGCUACUCACCGGCGUGAGCCAUGAGAAGCUUCAAGUGUACCACCAGUGGCUGGCUCGAUUCAUGCUCUUCCUCUCCACCGUCCAUGCGCUGCCCUUCAUCCACCAACCUUUGGCCGAUGGCGGCGUCGAGGGCCUGCGAGAAACGUUCUUCUCUGACAGCAUCAACACCACGGGCGUCAUUGCAUAUGCCUGUCUCUUUGUGCUCUCGUUUGCGAGCAUGACUUCCAUUCGCGAGCGCUGCUACGAGCUCUUCCUGCUCAUCCACGUGCCUGUGGCCAUCAUCUUUCUCGGCUACAUGUUUGUGCACUGCCAGGCAAUGCUCACCUCGUGGAGGUAUCUGUGGGCCACAGCGGCCAUGUACAUGCUGUCCGUCUUCUUGCGCUUCGCCAUGCAGCUGCGCCAAAACAGCUUCCUCACCCUUUCCAGGUGCCGCAUCGAGGCUCUUCCCAGCAGCCUCGCCAAGAUCACCGUCGACUCGACCAUGCGAUGGAGGCCCGGUCAGCACGUCUUUGUGCGCUUCCCGGGGCUUGCGCCGCUCACCGCACAUCCAUUCACCAUCGUGUCCAUGCCCGCGCCCGACGAGCAGCAGCUCGUGUCGACGGUCGUCUUGAUGGCCAAGGCACGCAACGGCCUCACCAAGCAGCUUUACGAGCUUGCGUCCAAGGCGCAAUCAAAUAUCAGUGCAUCCACGCUCUCGGCCAUUCUCGAUGGCCCCUAUGGACAAGACGCAAGUAUCGCAGGCUACGACCACGUCCUUUUGCUAGCAGGAGGCAGCGGCAUCACCUUUGUGCUCGCUUCACUUCUCGAGCUGGCGUGGCUCUGGGAGCAGAAAGCAGCAGUUACUCGUCGAGUCCACCUCGUCUGGUCGGUGCGAGAUGAUCAAGCAAUUUCAUGGGCUCGCGAGCACCUUAUCGCCGUCCAUGCCCUUGCCCCACCAGGCUCGUUGCAAGUCUCGAUCUUCAUCAGCGACCCUGCAGCGACGUCCCGCAACCUGGAUUUGCCGGCAGCCUGGGACUUGCAAUGGGGUGUCCGUCCCGACGCCGCGUCGCUCGUCCACGAAUCGGCAUCGAGCACUACGAGCCAGCCGGUUUCUGAAGCGGGCGACAUCGAAAAGACGCCGAGCAGCCCAGAGCACGAGCGAGCAUGCAGCUCAUCCACCGCGGCCGUCGUCGUUUGUGGGCCCACCGGCAUGGUCGAGGACGCCUCGAAUGCGGUGGUGCGCGUCCAAAGCGACAUUGCGCGCGGCAAGCUGUCCAGCCUUCACGGCCUCACCCUCAUCACCGAGAGCUUUGGCUUCUGA